AAAAAAUUACCUGAUAUUGAAUUUAGAGUUUUGUGUUCACAGUUUAAUUUUAGUUUUUGCUGACUACGGACGCGAAUCAUAAAUCGUGUCUUAAAGUGGAAGUAAGAAAUUAAAUUGAAGCUGAUAGGAAUUAGAGAAAGAUGUGGAACAAUCUCGUUCUUAAAUUGAUUCUCCUCGUGGGUCUCAUUAAUUUUAUAAAUGGUGACUCGGCUCCUCGAGUCGUUUGUUAUUACGACUCUCGAAGCUCAUUGAAAGAUGGAUUAGGAAAAGUUCUACCUACUGAUCUUUUACCUGGAUUAUCACAAUGUACACAUUUGGUUUAUGGAUAUGCUGGUAUUAAGGCAAAUGACUUUAAAUUAUCACCAUUAAUAUCAAAUGAGGAACUUGAUGUUAACAAUGGAUUGUACAAGCAAGUCACAUCUUUAAAGACUCAAUAUCCAAGUCUUAAAGUGCUUUUGAGUGUCGGUGGUGAUGCUGAUGAAACUUUCGAAAAAUAUCUAGCCUUGUUGGAGUCAAGCACUGGACGUAUUGCAUUUACAAACAGCGUGAAUGUAGUUCUCAAGCAAUUCGGAUUCGACGGUCUUGAUUUGGCAUUCCAAUUUCCCAAAAAUAAACCGAAAAAAGUAAGGUCGACGCUUGGAUCCGUUUGGCAUUCAUUCAAGAAAACAAUUGGCGCAGCUGGCAAACCAGUAGAUGAAAAUGCAGAGACACAUAAAGAUCAAUUUACAUCUCUUGUCGUUGAGCUUAAAAACUCAUUCCGUAUUGAUAAUUAUGAGUUGGCUGUUACCAUUUUACCAAAUGUUAAUAUUACAUGGUAUUUCGAUACGGCAUCCUUGAAGAAUUAUGUUGAUUACAUUAACAUUGCAGCAUUCGAUAUAUACACACCAGUUAGAAAUCCAAAAGAAGCAGAUUAUGUAGCACCAACUCUUUCCAUUACUGAUAGAAACGUUGAUGAUAACGUUGAUUAUGCAUCAACAUAUUUUGUAGCCAAUGGCCUUCCCGGAAACAAAAUAGUUAUUGGAUUACCAACAUAUGGUCGUGCAUGGUCAAUUGAGAAGGAUGCAACAAUAACUGGCUCACCUCCCAUUGCGACAAAUGGUCCAGCACCGCAAGCUGUACAAACGAGAACACCUGGUCUUUAUAGCUAUCCAGAAAUUUGCAAUAUGCUUUUGAAUGAUCAAAAUAAGAAUCUUAAGGGGGAAUUGGCACCUUUACGUAAAAUCGUUGACUCAACAAAGCGAUAUGGACUUUAUGCAUUCCGUCUUCCUGAUGAUAAUGGAAAUCAUGGUGUCUGGGUUGGAUAUGAAGAUCCAGAUAGUGCUGGUAACAAGGCUGCUUUUGUAAAAGGAAAAGGUUUAGGAGGUGUUUCCAUUUUCGACCUUUCUACUGAAGACAUUCGAGGUUCAUGUACUGGAGGACAAACUAAAUUCCCAAUUCUUCAAAAAGUCAAGGAAAAAUUGAAAUAAAAUUAAAGCAAUUCGUCGGUUUUUUUUUAAAUUUAUAUACUGAUUGUGAAGCAAGAAAAAAAUAUAAAAUUAUUCAGAAUGUUCUUUUUGUUCCUCUAUGAAAACAACAACUCCACAGACAACAAAUAUACGAGCAUAUAAAAAUAAUAUAACAUUAAAUGUCAAAAAAAUGAGAGUUGAAAUAAAUUUUCAUGCGAUAAUCAUUUUUAUUAAUAUACAGCACAAACAGCAGUAGCA